UGUAUGUCCUUGAACUAGGAAGACCCUACCGUGGAGACUUGAUUAGUACGAAGAACUUUCCGUGCUAAUAACACCCACGUUGUUCUAUAUUAUUUGAAUGUUUUAUUGCAGUGAAGAUGGUAUCAUCUACAUUGUUGGUAUUGCUCCUUCUUCAGCUUGGGUAUGGACAAAGCUCCCAUAAACAUCUGCAUGAUGACCAUUACAUCGGCCAGCAGCACAACCCUGAACACGACAUGAGUGUACUGCUGGGAGAUGAGAACACUGAUGAAAUAAAGAAACUCAGCCCAGCAGACCAGAGGAAAAAAAUGAUGGACAUUGUAAAGAAGAUUGACACAAAUGGUGAUAAUCUACUAAGUGCAGAGGAGAUUACUCUCUGGAUUCAGCACGUCUACAGAAAAUACGCUCUGGAUGAUGUGGAGGAGCGUUUCCCUGAGUUUGACACCAACAAAGAUGGUAUUGUAACAUGGGAGGAGUACAACAGCGUGGCUCAUGACCAGCUUCUUAGUUUUGAUGAUAACGCUGUUCUGGAGGAUCCAGAACAAGAGUCUCUUAGACAUCUCCACCAAAAGGAGAGGAGACGUUUUGAAUUUGCUGAUGUGGACGGCACACCUGGACUCAAUGUGACAGAGUUUCUAGCCUUCACCCACCCUUCUGAAGUGGAUCACAUGGCUGAUUUUGCCAUUGAGGAUGUCUUGGGUGAAUAUGAUACAGAUAAAGAUGGGUUCAUCAGUCAAAGUGAAUUUAUCGGAGACGUUCGUGGCGAUGAUGGUUCCCCUUCAAAGUGGGAGAUUGAAGAAACAGUGCGAUUUAAAGAACUUUAUGAUCAAGAUAAGGAUGGCAAGUUGAAUCGAGAGGAGCAGCUCCGCUGGGUUGCACCAAAUAGCUAUGGAUCAGCAAGAGAAGAAGCUCUCCACCUCAUCAAGGAAAUGGACCUUAAUGGAGAUGAGCAGAUCUCAGAGGCUGAAGUUUUGAAAAAUCAAGAAACUUUCAUAAAUAGUGAAGUGACAGACUAUGGCAGACAUCUACACCUGUCACACGAUGAACUAUAACCAUCUGUUUUGGUUUACUGUAGAGGUGUCCCUGGUUUCAGUAAAGAUUUCAUGUAGUUUUUUUUUCCCAGUCUGUCAUAGAUAAGUUGUGGUAUUUCCUUUGUGAUAGUAUAUGACCUGUUGUUCAGUACAUGUAUAAUAACAAAUAACAAAAUGUGAGCAACAUCUGAAGCCUUACACAAAAGUACAUGUUACAGGGCAAAGUACUGGAUUGCAUAAUAUUGUAGGGAAUUCCUUUUAUUGCUCUUAAAGAGCAAGGAACUUCACAGUGCAAUUUUCUAGAACUUUUUAAGGACAUUUUAUAUAAAUUAAAAUAAAAAAAAAAAAAAAAACAAACUCAAAACCAACCCCAUUGCUGAUUCAAACCAGAGUUUGUUUUGGUUACAUGAUACAGUUUUUCAAAUUGUGUCAGCUAUCACUUCAGUUUUUGGUAAGUGCUGACAUGUUGCAGCUCUUCCUCAUUUAAAUCAAAUGAGUAAGGGAGCGAGAACUGCAGCGUGAAGCCUCGCUUCCUGAAUGUGUCACGAUCUGUUACAUUUGCAUCAAGCCACAGGCAGUUCAUGCUGCUUGGAGUACAAAGUGAUUGAAAGUUCAGUGUAUUCUUCAGCAGGGACUAUUUUUUUUUUUAAUACUGCCAGGAUGGCAUUACAGUUUAAAGAUGCCUUUUGGGUGAGUUGUUAUCAUGCUACUAAUUCCUCUUUUCUUGUGAGUCUUUUGCAUGUGCAAAAUUAAAGUUGACUGAGUUCUAUUGAACCACGAAACCAAUGUUCACUGGAGCUUUCAAACUUUAUAUUUUCAAAAUAUGUCUAUACACUACCGACUAUAUGCCAGAGAUUUACUUAGUUUGUCAUAGCCUGUCUGUAGUUAGUUAAUUCCUUUGUCCUGUCUUUUAAUUCUUUUCUUUUUCUCAUUUGAAAACACACUGAAUUGUUACAGUAAGUGCUGGUAAGUUGUGUCUGGGUUGUGUUCAUGUUCUCCAGUUUAUCUAAACUAAACUGUGUCACGUGAGCGAACAAAUUCUCUCUCAGCUCAUUCUUUCAUGAUAAAUAAGUAAAAUAAUAGCUCACCACAACUGUGGGCUUCCUGUUCAUCAGGCAGAUACAGAUAGCCUGAUUCUGAGCCUUUCAGAACACCUUUUACCAUGUAUGCACCACAAUGCAGUGGUUCAACUUUUAUGUUAAAUACAUGAGCUAAGCCUCAAAAAUUGGGCAAUCAGAAGGAACAAUCAACUUCUAUAACUCAGAAGCCUCGCUUUCCUGUUCCUAUUCACCUGAUCGUACUGCUUUGUGCCAAAUGUAACUCAUUUUUACACGAAUAGAGACGUUUGGCACUCCUCCCACAUGGUUGCUUUCCAUUCAGGACCUGUCAUGUAACAGCAUAUAACACUUUCCAUUUGACUGUAGAGGAGAUGUACAGUGCACCUACAUGGAAAAAAAAAUCUAAGCAAGCCUCACUGAUUAUCAUUCAAAUCCUCAGCUCCCGUCUAAAGGUGUUUCCUUUGAUUAUUUAAAUUUGGAGCAACAGGAAGAUUUUCUUUCAAAUGAGCAU